AAACGAGACGCAGCGAAUACAACCGAGGUGGUUCUCGACAGUCGUCGAACAAGGAGGAAGUGGUGGGGGAACAAAUACAAAACCGUUGGAGGACUCGUUCGUCCACCCUAGCGAACAGAGAUUGCUUUUGCAGCGAUAGCCCUUUCCUGGCAUAGGACUCCCACUCCCACACAUACCUCGCAAACCCUGUACCAAUCGAGUCCCAGGGAGAAAAGCUCGCCUUCCCACGGGGGCAAUUGCGUCGCGUCGAAACGAACACAUCCACCUUCACCCAAAAACACUCUUGAUACUGGUUAUGUGUGGCUCAAAAAGCAAAAGAUAAAGAUGAACCCCACGCCAACAUACACACACAACCUCUCCCUAAAAUGGGCCGAACACGGCCGCCCACCGCUAGUCGGUCUCCUGCAGCAAUGGCGGCAGAGCGAGGCUUCAAAGACUGGACAUGAAGGGGAUGGAAGGGUGGGCACGCGGUCGAUUUUUGCCAGGGUUUUUGUUGAUGGGGACGGUGUUAGUGGGGAUGGGGAGGAGGUGGGGAAGGAGCUCCCCCCCACCGUCCUCGACACCCUCCUCAACCUCGUCAGCGCCUCAACCCACUACGACAGCGCAUCGAAAGCUUAUGGCAUCGUGCAUCGGUCUUACGCUCAUAUAGACAAAUCGCCCGCCCAAACCCUCUCCAACGUCCCAACAACCUCAGCCCUAAUCUCAUUCCUCUCCCGCUGGACCUACCCCACCUCCUCCAACAUCCCCCCAGCCGCCGACACGGACCAAAUCACGCCCCACAUUGCGCACCAAGCAAUAUCAACAGCGGAAUUCGCGCGGGAUUGCGUGGGAAUCUUGAAUAUGUUGUCCGAGUCCGAAUUGGUUGAAGAGCAGAUGAUCAGCUUGGUAGCCUGUUUCGCGCACUGGCUCGAAACCUUCCCCGAGCCGCAUCUUCUCCAAAUCAUGCCCGAGAUACGGAAGUGGUUGUCGAUACGUACGUUUGCAUUUCCAUCUCUUCUUUCGUGUCGCACUUGCCUUCUGAGUCGGGGUCUGUGCGCUGACGGCCGUGGAUUGUUUCAUAGCACACUAUGCAAAACUUUUCGCGGACCGGCACAGCUUGCACCCGCUAACCCGUCUCAUCGACCCGUUCAUCCGCUGCUCCUCCUCCGACGCGCUCCAAAUCCAUGUCAUCGAGAUGUUGACCGAUAUGCAACGGUGUGAUGUAUCCGCCGAGCAGUUUGCGCAAUGCAGUAUCGUGGAUGUACUUAUCCGAUUAUGGUCGCAAACCCCAUCCGAACCCGUCAUACAUGCCAUCAUCGACCUCAUGCUCUUGCUUUCAGCCGACGAUAUCCUGACGCCGAACCAAAGCCUCUAUACCCUCCCACUCCUCUCCAAACGCCUCCUGCAACCCCACCUCCUCUCAACCUCCCCCCCUCAACAACUCACGUUACUCAAACUCAUUGGUCGGUUGGGAAGUAUCGCGCACACAACUGGGAUACCUCCACAUCUGAAAACUCGGAUAGGGGCUUUGUUGAGGGGUGU